AUAGAUUCUCGCCGAGUCAAGUUUUCCGGGUCCCCUUUCUCCAUUCCCUCUCGGCUCUCACCUAGCAAAGAGGAGCUAGGAAGGAAGAAGGGUCUAAUACAGUCAUGGGGAGUCUCACCAAACCCCAGCAGCUAUGGAGACAAGCGGAAAACCCACAUUGCUAUUGAAUUGUAACUGUUCCUCCCAAUGGGAAAGGUUGAGGAAGAGCAGUCGUUGCCGAUUGCCGGAGUGAAUCAGCAGAUCACAGAUUCAAAUGCAGGCAGCAGCAUUAGAAUCGGACUUUGGCUGAGCUUCCGAUGCGUGUUUGCUCUGCUGCUUGGCGUGUCUGUGCUUCUCUCCGCCGUCUUCUCGCUCCCGUUCUUCCAUUCUCCGAAUCCUGAGGCGCAGGAUCCGGAUUCAAGAUUUGAAGGUCAUGAAAUAGUAGCUAGAUUCACACUUGAUAAACCACAUUGGUUCUUGGACGACUAUGCAUUGCAACUUCAAGAUGAUAUUUUUGAUGAAAUAAACGUUGCUGAGACUAAAGUGGUUAUAAUAUCACUUGAACCUUCAGCAGCCAGACCUAACACUACAGAGGUUAUCUUUGCCGUUGAUUCUGAUGCCAAAACAGUGAAAGUCUCUCCAACAGCCCAGAGCUUAAUCCGGUCUAAUUUUGAAUCCAUACUUGUUCAUCAGUCAACUCUGCGGUUGGCCACUGCUUUGUUUGGGGAUCCCUUAUCUUUUGAUGUGCUGAACUUCAAAGGUGGGAUUACUGUCAGUCCCAUACAGAGCGCAUUCACCAUGCAAGCUCAGCAGAUUCAUUUCAACUUCACAUUGAACAAUUCUAUUAAAGAAAUUCAAGAUAACUUUGAUGAGCUACAUAGGGAGUUGAAGUCAGGAUUGCAUCUUUCUCCGUAUGAGAACUUGUAUAUCAGUUUGACAAAUACAAAAGGUUCAACUAUUGAUCCGCUAACCAUUGUCAAGUCUCAAGUCCUUCUAGCAGUUGGGAUUAACCCUUCGAAGUCAAGAAUGAAGCAGUUGGCUAAAACAAUCACGGAUUCUCAUGCCCAAAACCUCGGCCUAAAUAAUACCCAAUUUGGUAAAGUCAAACAAGUCAGCCUUUCCUCUAAUUGGAAGCACAUGCUUGGUGGGAGCCCAUCACCAUCUCCAUCACCUCUUCCACUUCAUAACCAUCACCAAAAAACCAACCCCACUCCGGCUUUGCUGCCUUCUCCAAGUAGAGGGGAGAGAUCGCCUGUACCCUCACCUUCUCCACACACACACAAGAUUCAUAAGGUCAAGGCUCCUUGUCCUUUUGGCUCUAAAAUGGGAAGGCCUCCAAGUGAAACACGAAAACAAAAUCACUUGUCACCCGCCGUUUCACCUCCACAUUCUGCUUCUGCUCCAUUGGUGAAGCCGCUUGAAGUUCCUACAGCAAGCCCACUUCCAAGGGUUGAUCCCCCACCUGAUGCGGUUCCUCCUGACAAAGUACAUUUCAUUUCAUCCAUGCCAUCCUCAGCAUCCUUUGCCAUCCCUUAUUCAUACCUAUGGGCUCUCUCUCUCUGUCUACUUGUACACUUCAUCUAUAAGAGCUGAAAUGAGGCAGAGGGUUUCCAUUUUCAUUAUUUCACAACACCAAUCAAGAGGCGAGAGCAAUGCCAAAAUGGAACGCUCCUCACCUUUUCGAGUAGAUAUUUGUCUUUUGUGCAUGUAAAUAUGCUAUAAAAACUUCAGCGGUGAGGCAGAUUACCGGGUCAAAGUUGCAGAGGUGACAGGUCCGGGAUGGUUCAUCGCUGUUGUUAUGUAUGGUCUCUCUUCUUCAUAAUAAGAUAUGUAAGGAGGGGAAAGGAAACAAGCAAGUGUAUAAAACGACGCCCUUUUUGCUUCCCUUUAUGUUGCCCAAUAGCUGGGUUCCUUCCUAUGACUUGAGCUAUUUUGUUCAAUGUUCAUUCAUAUUGAAUGCUGCUCACAGUUGUAAUGUUGUAUACAUUCACUCUCAUAAGAGUGGUUUCUCAACUCAUGAACAAAAAGUUGCAGUUUCAAAGGCCUUGAUUUGAUUUUGUGAGGUCUAUCACUUUUGCAAUGGAGCUAAAACAGUCAUUAUUAAUGAUGUUUUAAAAGUAGUUUUUAGCACAUAACGGGGGCCAAAUCAAAGGUAACGUUAAAC